CAACACUACAAAUCUAUUACAUUUAUUGAGCAAUGUCUCGGCGGAGGCAAACUGGUGGAAUUGAUCGCAUACUGGAAAAGCUAGAGAGAAACGUUCAGAAUGGCAGUUACUACGAGGCUUUCCAGAUGUACAACAGUAUUUAUAACAGGCUAAUGGGUGAGAGAAAGUUGGCUGAUGGGUUGAGACUGUUAGAGUCUGGUACACUGCUGUUCCUGGCACAUGGCCAGGAAGAUAACGGCACCAAGCUGAGCAUCAUGUUGGGAGAUCACCUCCUUACUAAUCACACUUCACCUUCAGCUCGACUGAACGACAAACUUAUUGAGAUAAUUAGAAAGUUUGGUAAGAACAGUGACGGAAGACAACGUUUCAUUCCCAAAGUUUUCAAGUGGUCCAAAAUGUACACGGAGCAUGGAGACCCCAGAAUCCACAGAGCGUGUGCAGAAAUGUACUUGCUAGAGACAGACUAUGCCACGUGCUGUACACACUGUCAGUACCUGGAUUUGGACGGGGUUGAGUUUUACUCCCAAACCCUGAUCGAAGUGUCGAGAUACAGGUCGCUGAGAUCGGAGUUGGGUUUGAUAAUAACAUGGGCAGUAUUACAGUUUUUAACGCUAAAACGCACGGAGCACGCAAGAAGAGUGUUCAAGCUGUACACCUCCGGUCACCCCCAACUGACCUCACCAUUUCCCUUUCAAGAACCACUCCUUAACUUUAUACAGUUCUUUAUAUCCGCCAUAGAUAAGCAGAGUCCGCAGCUGGUCAAGCUUUUAAAAGAUAAAUACAAGAAGUCUCUAGAACGAGAUCCCUGCUUUAAUGAGUGUAUAGAUAAGAUAUUAUGGGUAUAUUUCAAAGAAUCAACCUCAGCUGGACCAUGUAUGGGAGGACUUGGCGGUCUUAUGCAGUCUCUCUUUGGACCUCCUCCUGCAGAUAUGGAUACCUCAGAAGCUACGAGAACUGUUUCAGAAAAUACUGACCUGGACUAAAUUAUUGUUUUGGACGAUGCCUCGACAGUUUGACUAAACUAAGAUUUGUUUGAUUAAGUCAGAAUUGAGUGAUGCAGGUGGUCGGGGAGAAUCAUUUUAAUUUCCAUGUUAUCAGCUAUACGCUGCCAUAAUAUUGCCAUUUUUUUUUCUAGGCCCUAGUAGUGAUGGGCCUCAGGGUGGAGCAUGUCCCGCGCAUAUCUCUGAUCACCUGGCAUUUAUUGUUUCAUAAAAAUGUAAAUCAACCAUGUUCGGUUGCGAAAUAGUCAAAGUUGUGUAAAUAUCACGUGAUCAUGGAUUAUAGAGCACAUUUUCGCCGGGAGGCCCUUAUCUACGUUUAAGGGGUGUGAUGACUACCAUUUGCUUAAUGAAACUACUAUUUUUGAAUAUCGCAAGUGAUGUUAAAGUUGAUAACCUAUAUCCGAUAAUCUCCCUCGAUUAAAUGUUGGUGAAUUUUCCCUCCUUUACCAUGCUAUCUUUAUUUUCUUAAUUACUAGAUAAAAUAUUUUUUGUUCUUUCUGCCUGAUGUAUUAAAGUAUUAAGCUUUGGGCGCACGGAUUAUACCAUUUGAUCGUUUUCAGUUCGGUUAUAUGAUUAUUGGUAUCUGUUAUUUUGAAAUUGAAGCUUCGUAUUUUGUAUAAAAUAAUUGAAUUUCGAAGCUUAA